AUGCAGAAGGUCCAGGAAAACAACGACCCCAUUGGAUCCAUCCUAAUCCAGGUCCAUGAAGACCUUCAUCAGUUAAAGGAGAAAUUAACAAAAUUCUCAACUGAGAAGACAAGAGACCCUCUAGACAUUAAAAAUCUUGAGACAGCAAUCCAGAGGACUGAAAUGGGGUUAAAAAUUCACAUUGAGAAGUAUCUAGAUGUGGUGAACCACCAGGUGCUAAUGGCUCCUAUCACCGAGAAAGGGCAUUCCUCCCUGAACUCCAGGUGGCUUCUUCCAACUGUAAUUGACCAGAAAUCCUUUAUUUUCUCCACGGAAUCUGAGGAUAAACUUUGGCAACCUCAAAAACAUCACGGUUCAUUUUCACAUGGCCUUACAAGAGCAAAGCCAAAGACAGAGUUGAACACGAAGAUCAUGAAGGACCCUGAGAACACCCAGCGCAGAGCUGCUGUGAAGACGAACUUUGGGCUCAAUCUGCCAUAUAUUAAUCAGAGGAAGGCACACGAGAAGGUUCAGCGGCUAAUAAAGGGGUCCACGGUAUCCAGCCUCACAGUCCUGCCACCUUCUCGCCGCACUGACCCCCAUUUUGUCCCCAUCCCCAUCAUGCAAAAGGAUGCCAGCAAAGGGAUCUUAAGUAUGAUCGAACGAGGGCUGAUUCCCCCGGCAGCAAGGAUCACCUUGAAGAAUCCCCCCAUUAAACCCCAAGCAAUUCCUCUGCAUAGUUUUAAGGAACCAAGGAAGAUUCCAACAGAAAGUAAGCCAACCGUGCCUAACUUGGGGGCUGGUGUUGCUGUCUACUGGGAGUCCAGCCACCAUGGCAGAACUAUGAAGCCGCUGGAACAGAUGCCUUCUGGAAGGCCCUGGGGAGCUGCGGACCUGGUGGGCCUGGUGGAGCCAACGGCUCUGCGCUCUGUGCUAGGAGCUGUGUGCACUGCGGACAGGGUCAUAAAAAUUGCUACACCGACUAAGAGUAUAAAAUCAUUGUGGGAUUAUGACUUUUUUAUUUAUGAUGGCACCAUAGACAAGGCAGCCCCAGACUUCCUAGCAUUCCAGGCAUGCUGUAGCUUAGCCUGGGGAAGUAUUGUUUCUAUCCUGAAACAAAUUGAGAAGUUUCUCAAGGACUAUGCAAUACCAGAAGCCAAAGUAAAAGGAAAGAAUUUGGUGUCUCUGCUUCCAGAAUUUGAGCUGAAGAAUAAACUUAGCAGAAAUGAUAUUCUGUUAGUGUUGGAGAACCCACAUCACAUCCUAAACCUGAUAAACCUUCCAGGACAGAAGUUUAAGGGCCCAGAUGGAAUGACAGCAGCUGCCAUCAAGAUCCAAUCCAUAUGGAAAUGUUAUAGGGCCAAAAAAUCCUUCAUUUCUUAUCGCCGGAAGAAGUGGGCCUCAGGUGUGAUCUCCCUUGCCUGGCUCUUACAUUGCCACAAGGCAAGAAUAAGGAAGAUACUGAAGGAAUCUCGUCAGCGACACCUGGACAAUUUCCGCAUCCGCGCCAAGCAUCUGGCAGCCAACUGGAGUCGCAUCAGGACCUCCAGGAGGACCAUUAUCCAUAUCCCGUCAUUAGGAUAUAUCCAGUCUGUGCGACAACACAUUUCUGAUUUGGACAUAGACCAGAACAUGCAGCUGGGGAGGCUGUGUGACAUCCUAGACAACAAGGUCAAUGUCAUCUAUGUCUGCUCCAAUGCUAUGAAUGAUGAGUUAAAGCUGUACUACAAAAAACUCCUGAGUCUACACGCAGCUGUCAAAUCAGGGAACUGUGAGGAUAGGACUGACCCGCAGAACAGGAUCAGAAUUAUCACCCCUGAAGCUGUAAACAUCUUCACUAUGAUAGAACAGUUGAGUCAGCUGGUGACUGACCACCUGGGAAUCCAACGCUGGCUCUUUAAAAUGAACACAGAAUUUGGAGGAAAUGGGACAGCCUUUUGUGACAUUCCUUCCCAUCUACAGUGCUACCCAUGGGUGCUAAAGGAGAGUAACAGAUUUGGCCAUGAUGACUGGAAGAAGAAGUGGGCACAAGAGACAUCUCUGGUGAAAAUCUCCGCGGAGAUGGGGGGCAUUUUAACACAGCACGUACAGCCAGUCAAUGAGAAACGGUUCCCGACAUGGAGAAAAUUCCUCCAAACAUUUCUCACUCAAGGUGGCGUGAUUGAAGCAUACCCACCUGCAGACAGUGUCACCAACCUCACCAUAGACAUGUUGAUAGAGCCUGAUGGAGAAGUCAGAGUGCUGUCCGUGGGGGACCAGUUCCAUGCUAACGGCCCCUUUAUUUCUUCUGGAACCACCAUGCCUCAGACCUCAGUGGAUCCCAAAGUUCUCAGUUCUUUGUGCCUCCAAAUUGGAAACGCCUGCAAACAGAAAGAUGUGGUUGGCUUCUUUUCUGUUGAUCUGGUGACUUUUAUUGAUCCAAGCACCUUAGAGCAGCAGGUAUGGACCACAGGCCUCAGCCUCUCGUACAGUGACCAGCUAGCCAUGACUCAGCUCACGCUGUACCUGACCAAUGGUCAUCUGGAUUGUAGUCUAAGCACCCUGGAAGUGCCCCGCUUUCCUCAAGACACAAAAAGGAAAAAGAAGCGCCUUAGCAUCCAGGCAGACCUGAACAAUCGGUGUGGAUCUCCAGGGGGUCCUCAUGACCUUUGCUCGCAAUCUCUUCAUCAUCCAUCAAGAAAUAUCAGUACCUAA